GGUCAGACCCUGAAAUCUGAUAAAAUCCAGUCUCAACUCCACGUCCCCCACUCUCCAUUAUUCUUCCCCUCUUCUCUCUUCUCUAUCUCUCUCUCUCUCUCCUCCCCCGCGGCCGCGGCCGCCCCACGCUCUUCCUCCUCCUCCUCGCUCGUCGACGGUGACCCCCGCGGAGCCGCGUGGAUACCUCGCCGGGGAGAUCUGCCUGCCGUCUCUACGGGCAGGUACCAGAGUUGGAGCGUGGUUACUGGCAGGCUGUGGCUGCAUUCGGCCUCCCGCUCCUCCUACACGCGCGCGCCCGGCCUCCUUCAAGGUUGGCUCUGAAGACAAAGCCCAAGCUCCCUGCGCUGCUGCGCAAGCGGCCGACCUUCCUGCCGGCGGUACUCCCUGUGCUGGAUCCUCUGUCUAGUGUUGCAGCUGCCAGCGCUUCUCAUCCUCACUCUACCGGAGUGGAGAUCCGUCCGGGCGUGGGUUGAUUCCUUCUUUUCGGGUCAGAUGUUGGAGCUUAGGUAGUAGCCAACGAUGGAAGCAAUGGAGGCCGAAGAAGGUCCUUUUCUGGCUAAUGAUGCCAAGUUGCACGCAGGAAUUUGUAGAGCAUUUCAUCCUUCUGUAUCUAAGCUUUCCGCCAUUUUCCCCUUUAUCGAAGCAUCAAGACCCAGAAGCAAGCCUGGUAUACAAGCAUUGUGUUCACUACAUGUAGCUCUUGAUAAAGCCAAAGGGCUUCUUCAACAUUGUGCAGACUGCAGCAGACUCUACUUGGCCAUCACUUCGGAAACUGUGCUUUUAAAGUUUGAGAAGUCUAGAAGCCAGCUUCAGGAGAGUCUAAGGCGCACUGAAAGCAUAGUAACUGAAGAUAUUGGCUGUAAGAUUGUGGAGAUUGUUGGUGAGCUGGAGGAAAUUGUUUUUACAUUAGAUAGAUCAGAGAAGGAAGCUGGUGAUGAGCUGAUCAAAUUGCUCCAGAGAAAUAAUAAAACAAAUGGUUCCAGUGACAGUGGGGAGCUUGAGGUAUUCCAUAUGUCUGCUCUUAAAUUGGGAAUUACAUCUUCUAGGGCAGCACUCACCGAGAGAAGAGCCCUUAAGAAGCUAAUUGAGAAGGCCCGUUCUGAUGAAGACAAGCGGAAGGAGCUUGUUGUGUCAUACUUGUACAAUCUCAUGAGGAAGUACUCAAAGUUCUUCAGAAGUGAGACUGGUGAUGAUACAGAUUCUCAGGGAUCGUCUCCAUGCUCGCCAACAGUAUUAGGCAUGGAUGAUAUGUAUGGGCCGUACAACAAUGGUCGGGCAUUUAGUAGACAGCUUUCGAGCAUUCAGUCUUUCAAUUCAAGGUUUGGAUCUUUCAAUUCUAGGCUUGGAUCAUUCAAUUGCAGACGUGGUGGUGGUCCAAGGUCUGAGAAUAUGUCAAUCCCUCCUGAAGAACUUAGGUGCCCUAUUUCCUUACAACUCAUGUAUGAUCCAGUCAUCAUUUCAUCCGGGCAGACUUAUGAGCGUAUUUGCAUUGAGAAAUGGUUCAACGAUGGUCACAGCACAUGUCCUAAAACUCAGCAGCAACUUGCCCACCUGUCAUUGACUCCAAACUACUGUGUUAAGGCCCUCAUUGCGAGCUGGUGUGAGCAGAACGAUUUUCCAGUUCCUGAUGGUCCACCAGGGACUUUUGAUGUAAACUGGAGACUUGCUUUGUCUGACACUGAGGCCGCAGGCUGUGUGUCAGUUGAAAGUUUUGAUUGUGCUAAUGCAAAGAGUGUCAAGGUUGUCCCAAUGGAGAACGUUAGAAAGGAGGAGCCAGCAAACAGUGAAUCGGGAACUCUGGAUGACGGCUCCUGUAACGAUUUCGAUUUGAACGAAGGCUAUGGGAACUUGCUGCUCCUGCUCCAUGAAAGAAGUAACAUGAACAAGCAGUGCAGGUUGGUGGAGCAGAUAAGGUAUCUUUUGAAAGACGACGAGGAAGCAAGGAUCCAGCUGGGCUCAAAUGGCUUUGCCGAGGCACUGGUUGAGUUCUUGAGGAAUGCUGUGAAUGAUGGAAAUGAGAAGGCACAAGAAGUUGGUGCAAUGGCUCUUUUCAAUCUUGCAGUCAACAACAACAGAAACAAGGGGCUCCUGUUAUCUGCUGGAGUCACCGAUCUACUUGAGCAGAUGAUAUCGAAUCCACGGCUAUCUGGUCCUGCCACAGCACUCUACCUGAAUAUUUCCUGCCUUCCUGACGCGAAGGCCGUCAUCGGUUCGAGCCAGGCCGUGCCGUUCCUAGUCGACCGUCUGUACAGCCAAGACGGCAGCGACACGAGAGGAAGCUCCUGCAAGCACGACGCCCUGUACACGCUGUACAACCUCUCGAGCCACCAGGCCAGCGUGCCGGCGCUUCUAGCCGCGGGCAUCGUGGACGCUCUCCACUGCCUCGUCACGGAGUCUCCAGGGUCGGAGGAGGGGCUUGGCUGGACAGAGAAGGCUCUGGCGGUGCUCAUCAGCCUCGCGGCCACCCAAGCUGGCCGAAAGGAGAUCAUGUCCACCCCUGGCUUGGUCAGCACGCUGGCGAUGCUGCUGGACACGGGCGAGUCGACGGAGCAGGAGCAGGCAGUGUCGUGCCUCCUGGUGAUGUGCGGCGCCGACGACAAGUGCAUCGCGCCGGUGCUCCAGGAAGGGGUGGUCCCGUCCCUCGUCUCCAUCUCGGCGGCCGGGACUGGGAGGGGCAGGGAGAAGGCCCAGAAGCUCCUGAAGCUGUUCAGGGAGCAGAGGCAGCGGGACACGCCGCCGCCACAGCAGCAGCAGCAGCAGCUGCUGCAGAGCCAGCUGGCGGAGGGCGGGAACGGUGGUGGUGGAGCUAUCGUGUGCCACCGGGAAUCGAAGCCGCUGUGCAAGUCCAAGUCCAGGAAGCUGGGCAGGACGCUGAGCUCGCUGUGGAAGAACAGGGGCUUCUCGCUGUACCAGUGCUAGGAGAUGCAUGCUAGAGUAGUGUUUUGAGUUGAUCAGUGGGUCUGCGUCUGUACAUCAUCUUCUGCCUUGUUUUUCUCAACUGGUCCUUUCUUCCCCCCUUCUUCUCUGGGGGUGUUGUUUUAUUUGAGGUAAAAAAAACUUGAUGUUCUUCCCCCCCUCCUCGGUUGGGUGAUGUAGGGCAUUUUCUUCCAUCUCGGCCAUGACAGGUCAUUUGUACAGUUGCUGCUGCUUCAGUCUAUCUGAUACUCAGUCUCCCCCUUUUCAGAUCA